CGACGCUGCCAGUGUGACGUAUAAUCUAGUGGACGGGACGUUCUUUCAACAACAACAGCUAGUCAGACACCUCGGUAGCUUUCUGGCAAACAUAGCUACAACAUUCACGCUCUUUACACUGUUUUGGUGUUUUAAAGUUCUGUUGUUUAGCUAGUUACCUUAUUUAAUGUUAUAUGUACAUUGUUACUCAGCUAGCUGGCUUAAUAAGUUAGCUUAGAGCUAGGCUUGUCGCUAAUGCUACCUAGCUAACAUCUCCGACCAUGAGUUCACUGAGCUACUCUCCUCCGGAUAAAGAAGAGGAGGUCUGCUGGGCGGAGGAAGAGGGUCUGUGGCUGAACAUUGUCGUGAAAGAGGAGAAAGAAGAGGAGGAUGUCACCGUUAAAAAACAAGUAGAGGUUGAGUCUGUUCCGGUUAAAGACGAAGAGAAAGACGUUACUGUGAAAGAAGAGGAAGACUCGUUCAGAGUGAAAGAGGAGGAUGUUACAGUAAAAGAAGAGGAGGAAGAGCAAGAGGAGGAUGCAGGAGAGGAGGGGGAGAUGACUGUCACAUUGAAAGAAGACGACGAGGAGGAGACAGAAGAUCUGAUUAAGACCAGAGAGAGACCAGACUCUCACUCUGACAGCGGAAAGAGUCCUUCGGGGGGACCAGACCCAGAGACGCCCAAACCAGCGAGACAACACCACUGCUCCCAAUGUGAAAAGAGGUUUUCCAAAUCAGGGGACCUAAAACGGCAUGAGAGGAUACACACAGGGGAGAAGCCUUUCCAAUGUUCCCAGUGUGGAAAGUGUUUUAACCGCUUAAGCAACCUGAAGGCGCAUGAGAGGACACACACACAUUAUUUCCAAUGUUCCCACUGUGGGAAGCGUUUUGCCUGCUUAAGCAGGCUGAAGAGGCAUGAGAGGACACACACAGGGGAAAAGCCGUUCCAAUGUUCCCAGUGUGGAAAGCGUUUUACCCGCUUAAAGUGCCUGACGACGCAUGAGAGGACACACACAGGGGGAAAGCCUUUCCAAUGUUCCCAGUGUGGAAAGCAUUUUACCCGCUUAAGGAGCCUGGAGGAGCAUGAGAGGAUACACACAGGGGAAAAUCCGUUCCAAUGUUCCCAGUGUGGAAAGCAUUUUACCCGCUUAAGGAGCCUGGAGGAGCAUGAGAGGACACACACAGGGGAAAAGCCGUUCCAAUGUUCCCAGUGUGGAAAGAGUUUUACCCGCUUAAGUAGCCUGAAGAAGCAUGAAAAGAUACACACAGGGGAAAAGCCCUACCAGUGCUCUCAUUGUGGAAAGACAUUUUCCCAGGCAGAGGACCUGAAAUCACAUGAGAGAAUAGAGAGGCUGUGUUCUGACUUAUGUUUUUGACCUGAGAAUUUAGGUUUUUGUUUAUGCCAAAUGAAAUCAUAUUGUUAACAUGAAAUCAUUAACAAAAUAGACCUACUCUUUUCAAGUUUUCAUCUGGAGAUGAUAAAUACUACCAUUCAUCCAUUGCAUACGAGUAUAAACCCUCUAAUAUUGUUCAUUAUGUUUUGGGGAUAUUGCUAAAUGUUCAUUAUUAUAUAGAUGAAUGGAGUUUUGGAUUUCUUGAUGCUAACCUUAAACCUCUUGGAUUUGAUGUGAUCUGGCUUUUCGCUAAAUUAAUUUGAUUGAAUACAUGAUUUAGAUAUUGCACCAUGUAAAUUAUGGAAUAGAUUAAUAGAAUGAGCAUUUCUUGAUUUUGAACAUUGAAACCUCUUGAAUUUAGUCGUUUUGUUUCAUUUAGUUAAUUUGUUUACUAGUCGUCAAGCUAAAGGACGAUGAAAAUGUGAUGGCGUUUUUAUAACAACAUUGAUAAGUUGUUGACCUGAAAAACAUGAAUGUUCCCACCAAUUCCACUAUGUAGAAGCAGUAUAGAGUUGUUUAUUUUGAUAUUAUCUGUUGACUGAAUAAAUCUGAAUUUGCAUUGAA